AUGGCACCCGCCGCCCAGCGCGCGGGCAGGCGGCGGUGGCGCGCCGCGGCCGCGCUCGCGCUGGCGCUCGCCCUCGGCGCCGCGGCUGGCGCCUGCGGGCCCGCCUGGCGCCCCGGGCUCCACGCGCGGCCCUGGGCGCCCGCGACGGGUGGCCCGCAGACGGUGCGCGCCGGCAGAGCCGGCAGACGGGCGGUGGCGACGGAGAACACGGCCUCGCAGCAGGUGCUCGACGCCUUGGAGGAAUUUGAGGGCGACUGGAACGCCCCGUUCGAGCUGCUGGACCUGGACGACGUGGAAGCAUCCAAGAAGGACAUCCGGGCGGCGUUCCGAAACAUCGCGCGGAAGGAGCACCCGGACGUAUCCGACAGGCCAGACGCGGAGGAGAGGUUCAGGCGGAUCUCCCUGGCAUAUGAGCUGCUCCUGGAUGACGGCGGCCGAUCCAUGCUGCUCGAGGCGAUGGAGCGGAAGGUCGAGGACCUCGACGAGCUCGAGGACUCGACGGUGCCGCUGGACGAGGGGAUGGAAGCGUGGGACGAUCGCUGGGUGGAGGACGAGUUCACAGGCGUGUUCAGAGCUGGGUUCCUCGCCAUAUUGAUUCCUACCACUCUGUGGCUCAUCUGGUGGUUCGCCUUCGACCACGACUGA